AUGGAUAUCUCAUUCUUCAUUCUACCGUUGUACCUUUUUCUCCAGCUAGUGCUGGUGUCAGCUGGGCGAGAUUUCUACAAAAUUUUAAAAGUGCCGCGCGAUGCAAGUCUGAAUCAAAUUAAGAAAGCAUACCGAAUGCUGGCCAAAGAAUUACACCCCGAUAAGCAAAGCAAUGAUCCGCUGGCAGAGGAAAAAUUCCAGGACUUAGGUGCUGCUUAUGAGGUUUUGAGUAAUGAAGAGAAGAGGAAAAUCUACGAUCGCCAUGGUGAAGAGGGUUUAAAAAAUGCCGGUGGUGGUGAUAGUGGUAGUUUUCAUGAUCCGUUUUCCUCAUUCUUUGGCGAUUUUUUUCACGGCAACAAACAGCAUGAAGAAGGAACACUUCGUGGUGCUGAUGUGGUUAUGGAUUUAUGGGUUACACUGGAAGAAAUAUAUAGUGGAAAUUUUGUGGAAGUAAAAAGGAUAAAAUCAUCAUACAAACAGACAUCGGGUACAAGAAAAUGUAACUGUCGUCAUGAAAUGCGUACUGAACAAUUGGGUGCUGGUAGAUUCCAAAUGUUUCAAGUGAAAGUAUGUGAUGAAUGCCCAAAUGUUGUGUUGGUGCAAGAAAUGCGGUCAAUCGAGGUUGAGAUUGAAGUGGGAGUAGAUGAAGGACAAACACAAACAUUCUCAGGCGAAGGCGAGCCACAUAUUGAAGGUGAACCGGGCGAUCUGAAAUUUGUAAUCAAAAUCGAGAAGCACCCAAUAUUUGAACGGCGCGGUUUGGAUCUAUACACGAACGUCACUAUAUCAUUAGAGGAUGCAUUAAAGGGGUUCAAAAUGGAAAUAACCCAUCUUGAUGGGCACAAAGUUGAAGUUGUCCGCGAAAAGAUAACCUGGCCAGGAGCACGAAUUCGAAAAAAAGAUGAAGGAUUGCCUUCGUAUUCCAAUAAUAAUAAGAAAGGAAUUCUCUAUAUAACCGUCGAUAUCGAGUUUCCUCGCGGAGAAUUAACACCUGAGCAGAAAGAAGUUGUUGGAACACUGUUGAAGCAGGAUUCUUUUCAACCUAAAGUUUACAAUGGGUUGCAGAUGUCAUAA